AUGAGGUGGCUGCUGCUGCUAUGCUUUGGAGUAAUCCAAAGCAUAAAUGCAGAAAUUUUAACUCCUCCUUACUUCAAUUUGGCCGAAGGAAAAGAAAUUAUUGCCUCGGCAACGUGUGGUGUCGAUACUCCUGGUCCCGAAUUGUACUGUCAGCUUGUGGGUGCUAGUUCUGAUCAAGACGAGGAUGUCAAUCUUAUUCAAGGACAAGUUUGCGAUGUCUGUGAUCCUACUGCGCCGGGAAAAAAUCACCCCCCGGAGCAUGCAGUCGAUGGAAUGGAAACCUGGUGGCAAUCACCGCCGCUAUCUCGAGGAAUGAAGUACAAUGAAGUUAAUUUGACAAUAAAUUUGGGCCAGGAAUUCCACGUAGCAUAUGUGUACAUACGUAUGGGAAAUUCUCCACGUCCCGGCUUGUGGGUGUUAGAAAAGUCGAAAGAUUACGGCAAAACCUGGCAGCCGUGGCAAUAUUUCUCCGACUCAGCAAGCGAUUGUAUUACAUACUUCGGCGUAGACAGCAGAAUGCCGAUUUCACGUGACGACAGUGUGAUAUGUACGACUGAGUACUCGAAAAUCGUGCCAUUGGAAGGCGGAGAAAUACCUAUUUCUAUCUUGAACAACCGUCCAUCUGCAUCUCACUACUUCAAUUCUACUCCCCUUCAAGAAUGGACCCGCGCUACUAACGUCAGGUUCCGAUUUCUCAGGACCAAAAAUCUUCUUGGACACUUGAUGUCCGUCGCUCGCCAGGAUCCUACUGUAACAAGAAGAUACUUUUACUCGAUAAAAGACAUCAGUAUUGGUGGUCGUUGUAUGUGUAAUGGUCAUGCUGCGACUUGCGAUAUCCGCGACCCAAAGCAGCCGAAAAAAUUGGAAUGUAUUUGCCAGCACAACACUUAUGCGUGUAAUUGUUUUGGACAUUCAACCGAGUGUAUUUACGACUCAGAAGUGGAUGAAAAGCACUUGUCUCUGGACAUUCAUGGCGUUUACGAAGGAGGUGGAGUUUGUCAAAAUUGUGCGCAUAAUACCCAAGGAAUAAAUUGUAAUCAAUGUAAACCCAAGUACUUUAGACCCGAAGGAAAACCAUUGAAUGAUACGGAUGUUUGUCAGCGAUGUGACUGCGACUUUUUCUACUCGACUGGAAACUGCGCCGAGUCGACGGGCAAAUGUGAAUGUCGGCAAGAAUUCACGGCUCCUGAUUGUGAUUCUUGUGCGUAUGGAUACUUCGGAUAUCCAAAUUGUCGUCCGUGUGAAUGUCACCUGGGUGGAACAGACGGUUAUCACUGCGAAGCUAUUGAAGGAAGUUGUCCGUGUAAAGAAAAUUAUGCUGGCGCUUAUUGUAAUCUUUGCGCUGAAGGAUAUUACAAAUUUCCUGAAUGUUUACCGUGUGAAUGCAACUCACAAGGAUCUCUUGAUGAUGUUUGUGAUGUGGUAAGUGGCAACUGUACAUGUAAGAACAACUAUGGAGGCAGGACUUGUGAUAUUUGUGAAGAUGGGUAUUACAAUUAUCCAACUGUAAUUGUGAUGCGCGAGGAACUGAGCCCCAAGUAUGUAACAAAAGGGACGGUAGUUGUCUCUGCAAAGAAGGCUACGGCGGAGCAAGAUGUGAUCAAUGUAUCAAUGGUUACUACGGAUAUCCAAAUUGCAGACCAUGUAAUUGUAGCUCCGUCGGUUCUUCCUCAAUAAGUUGUGAUGCCAAUGGUAAAUGCUCCUGUCUUGGUAAUUUUGCUGGACGAGCUUGCGAUCAAUGUAGUCCUGGUUACUUUAUGUAUCCCGAUUGUAUCAGCUGUAAUUGCGAUAGCCAUGGAUCCAUUGGAGUAUCUUGUAACUCUGAAGGCAAAUGUCAGUGUAACGAGAACUUUGACGGAUUGCAAUGUGACCAAUGUAAAGAAGGCUUCUACAAUUUCCCACGAUGCGAGGGAUGUAAUUGUGAUCCCGCUGGUGUUCCUAAGUCUUUCACAGGAUGUGGGUCAUUGCCAGCCGGCGAGUUGUGUCAGUGCAAAGACCGGGUCCAAGGAAGAAUUUGUAAUCAGUGCAAGCCACUCUUCUGGAACCUGCAACAAGCCAAUCCUGAUGGAUGCGAAGACUGCAAGUGUAACGUUCCUGGUGUUAUUGGAGGUAUUGGUGAAUGUGACACGAAAUCUGGUCAAUGUAUUUGCAAGCCAGGCGUGACAAGCCGCGCGUGUAACCUAUGUGUUGACGGGACUUACAAUUUGGACGAUUCGAAUCUCUUUGGAUGUUCUGUUUGCGCUUGCGACAUUGGUGGAUCCAUAAGUUCAAUUUGUGACAAGAGAACCGGACAAUGUCCUUGCCAGCCACGAGUCACCGGUCAAACUUGUACAGAACCUUUGAAAGCUCACUACUUCCCAACACUCCACCAAUUCCAGUAUGAAGUCGAGGAUGGCCGAACGCCCAGCAACAGUCCCGUAAGAUACGGUUUCACCGAAGACGCCUUCCCCGGGUACAGUUGGAAAGGAUACGCUGUAUUUUCAGCCCUUCAGAAUGAAAUAAUCCAGCGUGUUUACAUCUCUAAGCCUUCUUUGUACCGCAUGGUUCUAAGAUUCGUAAACAAAAAUUCCGAACCCGUGUUAGGAACCAUAAAAAUCACACCAGACAAUCCUCAAGAAAUUGAACAGACCUUCAAAGUCCAGCUGAAGCCGACUAACGAUCCAGCAUUUGUCACUGUCGCUGGUGUUCAUGGAAACUUGCCCGCGACUAUGGUGAUGAAUCCUGGGUACUGGUCAAUAUCCAUCGCUACAGAGAAGAACUUGUUCCUUGAUUACUUCGUACUUUUACCUGCCGAGUACUACGAAGCUACAAUUUUAACCCAAGAUGUCGAUCUGCCCUGCGAAGUCGGCCAGAAGAGUCUCUGUCGUCACUACGACUACCCGAACCUCAACUACUUCGACUCAGUCCGUGGCUCCGGAGGCUUCUUGGACACCGAAUCGGGAAGAUUUCCUCUCACUGAAUAUUUCACAGACCACGACGUCCUCAACGAGAUCAACCAGGACGAAAUUCCUCUGAUCAACGAGCAGCAGAAGCGAAUCCUCUUUGAAUUCCGUGUCUCCAAACCUGGAUCGUACAUUCUCCUGGUGACUUACGUCACAGCGCGAAAAGACACUUCAACCUCGACGCUGCUCAUUGAAGUAAACGGAAGCCCCCAGGGUAAGGCCACCAUCCAUCCUUGCAAAUACACCAGCAUUUGCCGUCAAGUCGUCACGGACAGACACGGAAAAAUAGGAGUCACCAAUUUCGCUAAUAAUUAUGCUACUUUGGUGCUAACUGGUGAACCGAACUCGAAUAUUGCCGUUGAGUCAGUGGUUGCUAUUCCUUAUGAGCGAUGGUCGCUGGACUACAUAAAGCCCAAGUCAGUCUGCGUGAGGAAGAAUGGAAAGUGCGUCCAAGGGAUAUUCCCCGGAGGCGCUGAUGCGAAGAAAGUCGAAUUUGAAGCGAAUGUUGAAGAUCUAGAAAUCGAUAAUCGUCCACCAGGAAUUUUCGAUAAUGCGACUAAGCUUAUUUACUUGGACCAGAACAACCCUCUGAUUGACAUCAGAACUAAAGUUCUCGCGCCUGGGGAGUACGUGUUUGUUAUCCAGUACUACCAACCUGAUAAUCCGGAAUUUGAGCUGGAAGUUCUUGUUCAGAAUGGUAAAUUUUACGAGUCAAAAGUUGCUGUACCGCAUUGUCCGAGUAACAGCGGGUGUCGUAGUAUUAUCAAGCAGCAGGAUGGUAACUUCAAGUUUCAGUUGAUAGAAAACGUUGUAAUAAGUUUUAAAAAUCCAGGAUAUGGUACAUGGCUUGAUUAUUUGCUGAUAAUACCAGCAGAGCAGUACGAUGAUAAAGUCCUGAAGAAGAUUCAGUUUGACCAGACUAAGGAGUUUAUAAAAAGGUGUGGAAAUAAUCACUUCCACAUAAACACAAUAGAUGAUGGUUUCUGUCGAGAUUCAAUAUUUUCGCUGACUGCGAAUUACAAUAACGGAGCGCUGCCUUGUCACUGCAGUGCCCACGGAACAACGAGCUUCGAAUGCGACAAAUUUGGUGGACAGUGUCCUUGCAAGCCUAACAUCAUUGGAAGACGCUGCGAAAUUUGCAAGACGGGAUUCUACGGGUAUCCGAACUGCAGACCGUGUAAUUGUCCGAUUACUGCGAUUUGCGAACCAGAGAGAGGAGAGUGUAUCUGUCCAUCAAGAGUAAUUGGAGAGAGGUGUGAUCAGUGUGAAGAAGGCUCUUAUGGAUUCCAUCCGAUUAUUGGGUGUGAAGAGUGCAAUUGCUCGCCUGCGGGAGUUCUCAAUGGAGAUAGGCAGUGUGAUUUGCUGAAUGGAACUUGCAAAUGUAAAGAAAAUGUCGUGGGACGUCAGUGUGACAAAUGUCAGAACGGGUAUGCCCAGUUUCCAUACUGUGAAGCUUGUGACUGUGAUUUUAAAGGAACCACUGCUGAAAUUUGCGACCAGUACACUGCGGAAUGUUACUGCAAGGCGAAUGUCCAGGGCUCUGCGUGCGAUAUUUGUAAAGAAGGAACAUUCAACUUGCAAGCUGAGAAUGAUCAAGGAUGCAGCAAGUGUUUCUGCUUUGGAAAGACCACCAGAUGUGAUUCCGCUAAUCUUUACAGGGCUUACGAGUACAAUAUGAUUGACUGGGACGUGGCGGUGAUCCAAGAAAAGACGGGGGUGGUUAAUAUCCUGUCGACAAUUCCUCAAGAGUACAAUGAGACCUCGAUUAUCGUUACUUUAACUAACAACAAUGAAACUGCUGGUAAUACAGUGUACUUUUCGGCUCCGGGUAAUUAUCUAGGGAAGAAAUUGACUUCGUAUGGUGGAACGUUGAAUUACACUGUGUAUUACAGUACGGGUCCGUUUGGAAAAGCUGUUGCGGGACCUGAUGUCAUUCUGAUGGGCAGUGACAAUGUUUUGUACCACUAUGCCGAGGAACAGCCACCAUCAUUUGCAAACUUUGACGCCUCGGUAGCGCUGGUAGAGUCUAAUUUCAUCACGCAAGGAAAUGUCGAAGCGACGAGAGAGCAGAUGUUAGUGACGCUGGAAAAUUUGAAGGGUAUAUUUAUAAGAGGUACUUACUGGGAGCCAAGUAUUGCCAUGACUUUGUCCCAAGUAUCGAUGGAUACCACUACGGAUACAUAUGUGCCUGGAAGCGAGCAGGCGAGUAGUGUUGAGCAGUGUCAAUGUCCGCCCAAUUAUCAAGGUCUAUCUUGUGAAGAAUGUGCUCCAGGGUACUAUCGGGUUGAGUCGGGACCUUAUGGUGGGUCUUGUGUUCGCUGCCAGUGCAAUGGGCACGCUGAUACUUGCGAUGUUAAAACUGGAAUCUGUUAUGAUUGUAGAAACGGAACAACCGGCGACCAUUGUGAAUACUGUGAAAGAGGAUACUACGGAAACGCAACAAUUGGAACCCCAACUGACUGUCUAAUCUGCGCCUGUCCUCUACCUCUCGCCUCCAACAACUUCGCGACAGGUUGCGAAGUAAACGAAGCAGGGAAUAAAAUCAGCUGUGACUGUCUUCCUGGUUACUACGGAGCCCGGUGUGAAUCUUGCGCAGCAGGAUUCUACGGCGACCCUAACAUCGAGGGUGAAUUCUGCAAACCGUGUGAGUGUUCCGGGAACAUAGACACCAACGACUUAAGUUCCUGCGACUCUAUAACUGGUGAGUGUCUUCACUGUUUGAACAACACCUACGGCGAGGCCUGCAAUCUCUGUGCUCCCGGGUUCUUCGGAGACGCUGUUGAGCGUAAAGACUGUCAGACAUGUAACUGCGAGGCUUGCGGAAUGGAACGCUGUGACAGCUACAACGGACUCUGUCAAUGUCGACCUAACGUAAUUGGUUCUAGAUGUGACCGCUGCGCAGAAAACCACUUUGGAUUUGACUCUUGUAACGGUUGUCAAGCCUGUGAUUGCGACGUCGCUUCAGAUUACGCUCAGUGCGACCUCACUUCAGGCCAAUGUAAAUGCAAGCCCGGUGUCACUGGUCGUAGAUGCGACCGCUGUAUCGCUGGUUUCUGGAACUAUGGACCAGAAGGGUGCACUUCUUGCAACUGUAACACCGGGUACUCGAUUGGAGCUUCUUGUAACACAACAACUGGUCAGUGUUCCUGUUUGCCUGGAGUUAUUGGAGAAAAAUGUGACCACUGUCCUCACCGGUGGGUUCUAAAAGAAGGUGACGGCUGCUACGAAUGCGACUCUUGCAUCGAUGAUCUUUUGGACGUCACCGAUCGACUCGAGAAUGAUCUUUCUCCGGUAGCUCAAGAGUUCAACACCGUCGCCGAGAGCUACUUCACCAACCAACGUCUCAAGUUUGUGAAUGACAGCGUCAACGAAUUGUACCCUGAUGUCCAGCUGCUAGAUUCAAGUCGCAUUGAUUUCGUUCCUCUACAACAGGAUAUUGCGAAACUCGAACAAGAAGCGGCCUCCCAGAAGCGCCAGGUUGAGUAUAUCGUUGAUGACAGCUUGACGUGGAAGGAUGGCGCUGAGAAAACGCUUGUUGAUAUAAACAAUUUGGAAACUGAUGUUAGGAAGGAGAUAGACUCGGUCAACUCGAUUAUUUCUGAAGUACAGUCUCUGGCGACUAACAUCGGCCAAGGCGCGGCUGCUAAAGUUGACAGCGCGCUCAAGGAAGCUAAUGAAAUUUUGAAUAAGAUUAAAAAUGUAUCUUUUGUCAACUUCAGAGACAAAGCGAUUGACCAGGCUGAUCAGGCUAAUGGUCUGGUGUCUGAUAUGACUGAGUACAACUUCCCGGUUAGUAAUUUGACCUCCGCUGCUGGAAAACUAGGGGAAAAAAUUCAAAACUUUAGUAGAAAAGUUGAUGACUUUUAUGUUAUUAUUGACAAAGCUGAGGAAUUUACUUACGCAGCUGAGAAAUUGAUUGAUGACAACAAGAGGUCCAAGGAAUUUGGUAACUUUGAUUUGUUGAAGAAUGCUACUACUGAGAGCCAAGAUGAUAUUGCGACAGGAGAAACUUUGAAUAGAAAUGCUACUAGUUAUUUGAAUGAAGCUGAUAUUAAUUUUUCAAGUCUAAAAGAAUUAGUGUCAAGAAAUGAAAAAGCGUACUUCCAACUAAACAACACAUUGACUCAAAAUGACAAUGACUUAUUAGACAUAAUAGACCUGGUCGGAAGAGCAGAUGAGCAUGCAGAGAAUCUCUACGAGCUAUCAGUUCAAUUAGACGACAGUUUAUCAGUUACCCGUAACACAAGUGCAGUAAGAGCAGUGUCAGCUUACCGCGAUAUCGAGCGUGCAAUUCAGGAAGCACGUGAAGCAGCUUACGAAGCUUUACAAGCCGCAAACAACGCAACAACGCUUUCGAAUGGUGUGGACACAAAAACUCUCGAGACUCUCGAUCGGUCCUCGGAGUUGAUGUCACUCGCGGAAUCCGCGCUGACAGCCACUGAGCAAAAACUCGAAGCUGACUUGGACCAAGCUCAGCAGUUCAACAACAAUCUCGCCAAGCAGAACAAAAAGAACACAGAGGCUUUGGAUCGCAUCAACAACACCUUGAAUCAACUGGCGCUGAGUUUUGGUUCACCGACUGACGACGUCACCGAAGAGGCCAAUGAGAUUGAGCAAAUGAUCAACAAUGCGAUGGAUCGUAUGAGUGGUGUCGUUAAUAAAAUUCCCAAUGAUCUUAAAGAUUCUAAGAAUUUGACCAAAGACACAACUGAUUCAAUCCGCGACGUUUCCCAGGCGAAGAAGCAGCUGGAUUCAGUCAGUAAAGUUCUUCCCGACAUGGCGAACUUGCUGAGCAAGUUGGGAGAGACUCAGAAGAACAUCGACGUGGUGGGCAGCGAUCUGAAAGAUAAAAUAGAAGCUUUGAAAAGAAGAAUCUCAAAUGCGCGAGAACUCGCGGAUAGAUUUAAAAUCGGUGUAACCUUCUAUCGGAACACAACUCUUCAACUAAAGAACCCUGAGAGUUUGCCGCUACUAGCAACGUCUACUAAAUUAUCUCUCUACUUUAGAACCGAUAAGGCAAACGGAUUCUUAUUGUACCUCGGAAACGAGGACAGAGGAAAGGUAACGCGACAAAAGACCCACGAUUUUUUGGCUCUGAUGAUCGAAGGUGGGUAUCCGGUACUGAUCAUUGACUUGGGUUCCGGUCCGGUUAAAAUCAUCAACAAGAAAUACGUAUCAGACAAUGUAUGGCGACAGAUAAUUGUUGACAGAACGGGCAAGAACGUGAAGCUAAUCGUCCGCGAGGACAUCGGCGAAGGAAAAGACGACUCUACUACUGAGGAACAAGUUGUUCCUGGUACUUACUCGAUAUUCAAUUUAGACCAAGAUCACUCAAAACUGUUUGUCGGUGGCUACCCAACGUCCUUCCAGACCCCAGAUGCUGUGACUGCCUCUUCCUUUGAAGGACAAAUGGAGGAUCUGGUCAUUGGAGACAUUCCUGUGUCUUUCUGGAACUUCAUAAAGGGCGAAAAUAACCGCGAGGGCGCUAUGGAACGUGACAAACUUAUAGACUUCACUCCCAGCACGGGGUUGAGAUUCGAUAGGAAUGGAUUCGCAGUCCUGAGUAUGAAGACCUCGCAGAUACGCCACGAUCCUUCGAAAUUCAGCUUGAAAAUGAGCUUCAAGACCUUCGCGGAAGACGGUCUGAUGUAUCUGAUGGGCAAGAGCAAGCAUUUCCUCGCUCUGGAGAUGAAAAACGGGCAAGUGUUGUAUCAAUUUGACUUGGGUGACGGCCCAGUGUCUUUGAUGUCCCAGCAAAAGUACAACGACGGACAAUGGCACUCUCUAGAGGCUCGCAGACUCGGAGGAAUCGGGUUGAUGGAGAUCGACGGUAUUAUGGUAGCUAAAAACGACCUACAGGGCAGCGGAAAGAACCUGGGAGCUAAUGAUCAUAUUUAUGUCGGAGGAUAUCCGCCAAAUAUACGACACUCGUAUAAAUCUGUGUCUAAUGUCGGUUUUGAGGGCUGUAUUGAUGAAGUUGUCAUUCUGGACACCUCAGUAGACCUCAGCAGGAAUUCUCAGGCGUUCGGUGUCAUGCCUGGAUGUCCUGUACGGUUCGCAAGCUUAGUGUCUUUUGAAAAUGACUCAUCUGGUUAUGUGAAAUGGCAGAACGUCACAGCAGACUCGAUGCUGCAAGUUAAUCUCAAGUUCAAGACCACUGCUGACAAUGGUCUCAUUUUCUACGUGACCGACCCCGAGCAGACGGCGAGCAGCACGCUUUCGAUUGAAGACGGAGUCUUGGUGUUCAAGAGUCAAGGUGAGGAGGUAAGAAGUAGCACAGCUGGCAGUAAAUUCAACGACAACGAGUGGCAUGUUGUCACUGCUACGCAUGAUGAAAACGCCCUGAGAAUAGACAUUGAUGAUGUAGAUAAUUUCGUAACAGAGUACCCACCACCUCCUUUGAAUAUUCAAAAGGGUAAUUUGUACAUCGGAGGAUUACCCAAUGCGGGAGGUACGUUUGUAGGGUGCAUUGGUGAUGCGACACUCAACGGAGAGAUCAUAAACUUUGCGAACACAAAGGAACGGCCGAACGCGCUGCUCGGUAGGUGUCAGGGUGGUGACACUCCUGCGCAUACGCCGACUGAGAGUGACAUUGGCGCCUGGCCGCCUCCGAUCGUCACUGGAUUGCCGGAAACAAUAACAAUGAUGUCAACCAACAGCAACAUUAUUGACGUAGAGGUGGAUACUAUAGAACCAGAUCAUGUUAACAGCGAGGGAAGAGUCACCUUCCCUCCGUUGACUGAAGCGCCUAUGUUCACUGAAGAACCGGAGGAACCAGAGGAACCAAGAACGCCUGAGAAUGAAGUGGUUGACCCGACGACUCAGGCUCCACCUUACACGGUUGACUCUUGCAAGCUGCCGUACAUGCCUGUAAGAGAUCUUGAGAGCGAGAGUGGCUGGAGGUUCGGAACUGCUAGGUACAGUAGGCUCGAAUAUGGCUCGCUGAAUGGCAGGUACAAGAAUGAUUAUGAUCUUCAGAUCGAUCUUAAGACCGCCGCAGAUGAAGGAGUUAUUUUCUACAGCUCCGCGCUGACUAAGAACCACUUCAUUGCGGUUUAUAUUCAAGGUGGUAGAGUUCACUACUCGUUUGAUUGCGGUACCGGGCCCGCUUGGCUCAAGAGUGAGAUUAAAAUUAAUGACAAUCAGUGGCAUACUAUCAACUUCAAAAGAAGUGGUAAUUUCGGCGAGCUUAUUGUCGAUAAAAACAUACCAGUAGCUGAUUACUCGCAAGGUGGUGCUGUUACUAUGGAUGUCAAUCCGCCGUUCUAUGUUGGUGGAAUACUGCCUGAAUUGUCUGCCAAUGUUCUGGCUAAUAUUGGAACUAAUAAGACAUUCAAUGGAUGUCUCAGGAACUUUGAGAUGAAUGGCCAGCCAGUUGGUAAACCUGAAGAAACUGUCGGCGUAAUUCCGUGUUCGAAUCGGGUCGAGUCUGGCAUAUUCUUCUAUCCAGGAAAUGGCAGCAAUUUAUUCCGUGCGAUGGAUAAAUUUAAUGUCGGGCGUAGUGUUGAUAUUCAAAUGGAUAUAAAGCCGAGAUCGGCAUCUGGACAUCUGUUAUCCGUACACGGAAAUCGUCAUUUCUUGUUACUAGAAAUGGUUAAUGGUACCAUUAGAUUCCUCAUGAGGACAACGAAGGGUCUAAUUGAGACUUCCUUUGAACCAAAAAUGCCUAAUUCAUUGUGUGAUGGCAAUUGGCACAUCAUUAGAGCUGUCAAGCACAAAAAUGCAGUACUACUAUCAGUAGAUCACGCAGAUCAGAGAGCGGUUCUACCGAGUACAGCAAACAAAAAUCCCGCUAAUGUUGCUACGAAACAUCCAGUAUUUAUUGGCGGGCAUCCUCAGCUCGGAAAACCUUUAAAGGGCAGCGUAUCUCAGUCGCAAUACGUCGGGUGUAUUAAAAAUAUAAUUAUUAAUUCAAAUGAAAUUACUUUAGAUCCAGAGCGUGCCUUUGGACAUGUAACAACUGGUAUAUGUCCAAUUAUUUAA